AGACAUACACAAGCUAGUAGUCAGCAGUGCAACAUGUUGUCCAUCUACAAAAUCCUCAUCAUCACCUUGCUGGCCGGCAUAGGAUAUAUUGAAGCCAAUGGUGAUAUAAAAGCAGUUGAAGUGGUACCUAAAGAUGUUGCUAAUCUCACACUGGUAGAGAGCCAACAAAGAAGUGUGGGUGAUACUGCAUAUUCCUUUAGAUGCACUGUGGGUCCUGGAAAAACAGCCCGUGUUACCUGUGCUGGACAUGAUCGCACUACCUGGGCAACACCCCACAAUGUGGAAUUGACUUUGAAUUGCCCUCCGAAUGGUCAAGGACCUACCAUAGCAUAUGCCGAGAUUAACUUCACUGUUACCACAACAAAUGUUAAUUGCCUUGUUACCGCUGGAGGCGUUGGCUACAAUUUCAUUCAAAUGAAAGUAAAUGCUUUUGGAACCACUUUAUUGGACUAUACUGAUACCUUUUAUAAUUAUUAAGUAAGCAAAAAUAAUUGUUUAAAUAAACAGGCAAUAUAAAUAAACUCAAAA